GGAAGGCCUUUUUUUUAUUUUUUUAUCCCAAGUUCACUUGAAAGUACACGCUGCCAAGCCUACUUCUGCUACCCAAACCGCCAGAGGGAGUAAUCAACGGAAUUCCCCAAAGCUGAGGCGCUUGAGCUCAGCUAUCAGCGUUUCUCACAUCGGCUUCUUAUACUCAUUCUACCGCAGGUGGUGACCAUCAAAAACGUGCUCUGCGAUGGAAAAUCGUCCUUGAUGAGCCUGUGGUGUAGUUUUAAAUCACAACGACACGAUCCAAUACAAAGGGUGGAGAUAUCACAAUCUUUUGAAAAUAUCAGGCUAGAAAUCUGAAAUAUAUACAUACAUUUAAAAAGAAAAAGUAAUUUAACUUCAAUUUCAAUUCUUAUAAGUAUCCGCGACUGAGCCAGCACAGAUGUCCGGAAUGACAUAUCAGUACAGUGACAUACGGAUGCCCGUGUGGCCACACUAAUUAUCGUCGGCGGCUGGGAGUGAUACGGACUCGCAGAGAAAUGCAACGUCCUGCCCUUCUGCAUCUUGAAUAGUGGGAGUCAAGAACCGCUGCAAGGUGACGCGUCCCUUUGAUUUCGACCGAAACUUCCACCUAGACACGCCGCGGCAUUCAUCACCAUCUGAAGCUUUCCCGUCAAACGCCACCAGCUCCUCUAUCAAACGACGAGAAACGGGACCAUCUUGCGCAGUGGUACGGGCGAGCGCAGCAAGCGGUGGCGGCCACUCCGGGGAAUGUCGACCCCGGCCGUCAGUGCUGACAUCGGCCUCUUCUGAUCUCAGGCAGCAGGUCCAUGUGUGGUCAGCAAAGUGUCCCGGAGAGCAGCAUGGCAAUGUAUCAGCUGAGCGUUGGGUUGAGAUGAGUGUGAGCUCCACCGACAAACAACUGUUCUUCACAGCCGACCUCCACCUCAAACACCAGCCAGUCAAAUGCACCCGGACAAUAAACUGGCCAACCAUGGCAAGCAGCUCACCAGUGAUGGCCGUUCCCAAUUACCCGGGGUAAACCAACAGCAACAAGGCGCUGCUGGCCACCUGGGCGCUAAGGGCGUCGGUGCCGGCAGCCAUGGAGUCAAAACCAGCCAGUUUUCCCCCGGCAACCCUGGGCUUAAGGCAGUCAGCCAAUCGGUGAGCAGCGUCGGUGGGAUGCAGAAAACCAAAUCCAAGCGGGAGCGGAGCGUCUCCAUUGACUCCGGUGACUCGAGAAAUGCUGUUCCUCAAGCCCUGGAGACGGACCCCAAAGGAGAGGGGGUUAUGCGCAGUAAGCGGCGCUGUGUUCUGGAGAAGAAACAGCCAUACAGUGGAGAUGAAUGGUGCUCUGGACCUGACACAGAGGAGGAUGAAGACAAACCACACACUGCGUCCCACAGAGAGCGUGUGCUGGCCGGUCCUGUUCAAGGUCUCUCUGAUCGCCUGUCUGCAGGCCCUUUGUCUGAACCUGCCGGUCCAGUCAUGGGAUGCGUAGCUGGACCGGGGCUAAAGACAGAGCAGCCACCUCAACCUUCACAGCAAGUGGUGUAUGUUUUCACCACCAGCCUAGCUAACAGUGCUGCAGAGGCAGUAAUGAAAGGACAGACGGAUUCCAUUCUUCUGUUUCACCAGCAAAAUGUUUCACGCCCCAAGUUGGAGCAGGCCCACUCAUCAGGGAAGCCUCCUAACCCAUCUGAAAAGAUAAACUCCAGCAGCUCUCCACCCACAGGCACCCCUAAAUCUCAAUGUGGAACUCCACGGCCAUCCUCUGCAGGUGUUGGGUGCCCGUUGCAACCUGCAGGGACCCCGUCAUCAACAGGACACUCUGAUAAUGAAUCAUCUCAGAACAGAACUGGCCAUAGUUCAGAGGGAGGUAUCAUGGCAAAUCCUGCAGGCCCAGGACAUGGGGAAGGUGCAGGAGGAAUGUCCCUUCCAGUUGCUACAGUUUCUCCCUCGGGGAGUCCUUCCAUUCUUUCUGCACACCUACAAGGGGAUCCAGGCCAGAGGAGUGGGAACAUGGAUGGUCUUUCCAAAGAGCAGAUGGAACAUCGGGAGCGUUCUUUGCAGACACUGAGAGACAUAGAGAGACUGCUUCUGCGCAGUGGGGCAGGUGGAGGCCCUGUAGACACAGGGCCCCCCACCAACAAUGCUAGUAAUAACUCGUCCAACCUAAAUAAUAACAACAAUACUGAUAGGAGCGCUAUUCUGGAGGACCAUGGUACAAAUAGCUCUGGCACUUGCAGUGGUGGUAGUAUGCUGUCGACAGCCUUGACUUCUAUGGGAGGGAUGAAGAAAUACGAAGAGCCGCUGCAGUCCAUCAUUGCUCAAACACAGUCCCUUGCCAGACCUGCUCAUGAUAGCCCUCACAUGGACUCUCACCAUAACCUACCACAACAUCCACAUCAGCAGCUGUCUUCACCUGGGCUCGACAUGGGUCACAUGCUUGGACCAGAGGGGCUGACCCCAGAGCAAAUGGCGUGGAGGAAGCUUCAAGAAGAAUACUACCAAGAGAAGAGACGCCAACAGGAAAUACAGCCCCCUUCACAUCAACAGCACUUAAGAAUGAUGACGGAUAUCGGCAUGCAAGGAGGUCCGAUGAUGAUGAGAGGACCCCCUCCUCCCUACCACAGCAAGCCCGGAGACCAGCAGUGGGGUCCUGGCAAUAUGAUCGGAGGAGGAAUAGGUGGAAGUACACGAAUGCUAGAAAUGCACCAAGAGGGACCCCGUGGCCCAAGGUUCAUGGGUCAGAUGCAGAGAGGGCCACCUGGGGGAGGUGGUUUUCCUGGUGGUAAAGGGGGCGUUUUAUCAGUGGAGGGUCUAGGACCCCAAAGGCCCACCAGGCCGGGGAUGAUUUGGCUUGAUGAUAUGCCAAACAACAUAGGUAGUGGAGUUCCAUUUCACGGCUGCUACCCUGGGCGACCUUCUCAGCAUUUGCAAGGUGACCCAGAACAUCUGUUAACGCAUGAGGAAAUGUUCCUCAUGGAGAAACGACAGAUGCAGGGGCUCACCAGGUACGAACUUGACAGAUUAGCUAAACAGCAACAGGGCAACCUGUGCUCAAGAAUAAUGGACAAUUCCGGGGGCCCUGAAUUUCACAAUUUGGGAAUGGGCCGGGGUCCUCCCUCCACUCGGGGUGACCCUAUGGACUUUCCCGUUUCACGGGAGAUUAUAGGCUCUCCUGGAGGGGGUCCUCAGAUGAGGGACCUUGUGGAUUCUCCUCUAGGGAGCAGCCUCGCAAUGAACAUGAACCCACAGAUGAAUAUUCAGCAGCAGCAGCAGCAACAACAACAACAGAUGAUGCUAUCUCAGAAGCUCAGAGUAGGUCCUGCUGGACGGGCAACUUUAGGUGAGAUGUUUGGCCCUGGAGAGAUUUCAAGAAUUAGAGCUUCGCAUGGUGGAGGAGUAAAUAAGGGAAUGAUUCAAGGACCCGAAGGCCCCUUCCAGUUUCCCAAUCAUGGUCCCUUCUCUGGGGGACAGGGGGAUGGGCCCUUUCUUCAGCAACCUGGCCCCGAGGUUUUUGGGCCUGAUCAGCAAGUUCAUAAUCAAAUGGGAGGUACAUCGCGGCUUAGUCAUAUGCCGAUGACUGGAGUCCUCAGGGGAGUAGACCUUGGGCCCAGGCACCCCUCUGACCUUUCAAUCAAUGUUAACCCCAGGAGUUCUCCUUUAGUGCCUCGUCCUCAUCAACUCAAAUCUCCAUCACUCAACCGCGAGCCCUCUCCACUUCUGGCUUCUCCCUCUGCUCCAGGACUGAAGUCCCCCUCACAGAUAGCCUCUGCAGGGCAUCACACCACUCUUCCCGCUGCAUCUGGUGCUGGGACUCCUUCCUCUUCCAUGAAGUCUCCGCAAAUAAUGGGGUCUUCCAACCUUGGGUUGCACUCCCCAUCUGCCUCACCUGGACAACUUAAGUCCCCUGCCUUGGCUGUGGGUUCUCCAGGUUGGGCGUCUCCAAAAGCAGCUCUUCCAAGUCCAGGUGGUCCAACCAGCGGGAAGGUUGUGGGCAAUGGAGGAAGUAGUUCCACUGAGACAGGCCAAUCACUUCCCCCCAGGAGUUCCAACUCAACACCGAUUAGCCAGCCGGGCUCAAUGAAUCCUAGUAUGCCAUUCACUUCCUCUCCCGAUAACCAUCCAACUCAGAAUCCUUUAUCUCUCAUCAUGUCCCAGAUGUCCAAGUAUGCCAUGCCCAGUUCUACUCCCCUCUACCAUAAUGCAAUCAAAACAAUUGCGACUUCCGAUGAUGAGAUGCUACCAGAUCGACCUCUUCUUUCUGGUGUCAGCAUUGGAGGAAACAUGGGGAACACCCAGACCUCCCAGAUACUCGUCUCCCAGGGCUCCAUUGGUCCCCACAGUGAUCUACAAAGCCCCAUGGGCAUUGUAAGCCAAGGUCAGCAACACCUGCCACAUGACUCAUCAGGACGUGUGCUUUCUUCCCCGAACCAAAUGGGCAUGCCUGCCAUGAAUCCGGCCAUGAUAGGGGGAGGUGCGCCUGACGGAAUGGGGCGCUGCAAUGUUUCACCUAUAUCUCAUAACCAGUUAGCCGGCUUUCCUCGCAUCCAGCACCCACCUCUUGGGCCAAUGCACUCACCUAUUGGAGGAAUGUCACAUCAUUUCUCCCAGUCUAAUGAGGAUAUUCUCCCACCACAGCAGUUACACCUUAGCCUGCUUAGAAAAGGUCAUCCUCACCAGCGCCACUCUCAUCCAUCUGACUCAUUUUCCUCUUUGCCCAUGGGGGACGGCCCGGAUCUAAGUGAAGUUAUACGACCCAGUCACUCUGGGAUCCCUGAGUUUGAUCUCUCCCGUAUCAUUCCUUCUGAUAAGCCUAGUAGCACUCUCCAGUAUUUCCCCAAGAGUGAGCCACAUCAGAAUCCCCAUCAGGGGCCCCUAACCCAGCAACCUACUCCGCAACAGCUCCUCAAACAGCUGUCUUCUUCUGUUCCUCCACACACGAGCGGCCCCUCAUCCAACCCCCACUUGGCAAAUCUACAAAAUAUGAUGGCUGAACAGAAUCUGGCGCCUCACCCCUCACACGCAGGAACACGCCAGAACAUGGGCAUUCCUCAGGGGGGCUCUAGGGGCAUGGGUCCCAUGUGCCACCCUGGACAUAUGAUGGGAAGGACAGGAAUGGCGCCCCAGCAACAACAAGCCAUGAUGACGGGCAACCUUCUCCACCAUCCUUCCAAUCCAUACCCUGGCAUGAUGUCCUCCCAGCAGCACUCGCACAAUCUGAUGGCACAGCAAAACAUUAUGAUGAUGCAGGCUAAGCAGCGAAGCAUGUCAAUUCCAGGGGACCCCUUUGUCUCCCAGGGCGCUCUCAUGUCCCCCCAGGGUCCGAUGAUGGCUCCUUCCCACCCACAAACUGGCAUGAUGGGCCCCCAAUCGCUCAGACAACGGGGAAUGUCGCUGGACAGUCCCAUUGGCUAUGGCCCCGGAGGUAUGGCCCAUAUGCCAUUCUGAUCCUGCUAAUACAGACCUUGGAAAAAAAGAUGAAAAAAGUGUCCGCGGUGACCUUACCAUUGUGUCCAAUUUUUUUCAUUAUUGUUAUUAUCGCAGUUAUUUGAAAAGAGGAACGGUUAAAAACGUCAAAUUAGUGAGGCUUCAAUUUCUGGAUUACAACUGAUUAGAAAUGGAAUGAAAAGCACUGUAAUACAGAAUUCAUUUGAAGCCAUUUUCUAAAAUACUGUAAACUAUGUAAAUGACAAAGGUGUGUCUAGUUGUUGUUGGAAAAGAGUGGCUGUCAGAAGAGGAGUGCCUCCAAUUUCUAUUUUGUUUUAAUAUCAUUGUUUUGUUUUUUCCUCCAACUACCAAACUGUUGUUCAAAGGAAUUAUAUAUCUAUAUAUAUUGACAUAUGUGUAUAUAUAAUAUAUACUUGCUGUAAAUAAGAUGCAAUUUGUGAUUGUUUGCAGUUCUGUAUAACAGUGUUUUUAAUAGAAGUCAAAAAAUAGAACAAUACUGAUCUCUACAGUGGUUUUAGCUUCGGUUCUUGUGUCAAUUACUGUUGUGCGCUAACACUGACAAAGGGACACAGUUGCUGUAUAUUAUAUGGAUUUUUUUAUUGAAUUCAAUAAGCAGUAGCUAAAGUAUAAGCAAAAACAGAUCCCGGACAAAAAAUUCUAAACUUUUUCUUGACUGGUUAA